UUGAACAACAUUCUUGUCUUUUAUCGUGGAAAGCAAUUAUUACAAAUCAAAAUUCAUCUUUUCAAAGUGAUGGAAUAUACUGGUAAUUAUAACUACGAAGAUGAUGAGAGGUUCUUGGAGUUCAACCCAAAUAUUUCCCAAUAUAUAUAUAUUAAUUCAUCAGCUGCUUACACCACAAAUAAUAUUGAAGAAAAAAGUGCUCAAAAAGCUCUUUCUUCUCCUCUAAUUUCUUCUAAUAAUUCUUCCUCUUCUUCUGGGGGUUUUCUCAUUUCAUUUUCUUCAAAUCAAGAAGAAGAUAUUGGUGCAAUGAUAAGCCCAGAAAAUAUUGCAUGUCAAGAAUCAUUAUUAUUAGUAGGGGGAAAUAAUAAUAACAACAACAAUAAUAAUGUUAUGUAUAGGAGGAGUCCAGUACAAGCUCAAAAUCAUGUUAUUGCGGAGAGGAAGAGAAGAGAAAAAAUGGGAGACCUUUUCAUCUCUUUGUCAAAGAUUGUCCCUGGUCUUAAGAAGUUAGACAAGUCAUCUAUCCUUGGAGAUACUAUUGAGUACGUGAAAGAGCUUCAAGAACAGAUAAAACAUCUUGAAGAGUCAAAGAACAACGACAUACGAUUAGUUUUGGAACAUAAUGAUUAUGGGAAGGAACAAGUAUUAGCAUCAAAUAAGAUUAAGGCAAGGAUUUUGGAGAAAAAUGUACUUAUUAAUAUCCAUUGUACCAAACAAGAUGGAAUGAUGGGAAGAGUGCUAGUCCAAAUGGAGCAAUUGCAUCUUUUAGUCCAUGACAUAAGGAUCAUGCCAUUUGGUCCUACUAAUCUCGAAAUAUCAAUUCUUGCUCAGAUGGAGGAUGGAUGCUGUAUAUAUGAACAGGAUAUUGUAAAGGCCAUCCAAAUCAACAUCCUGGACCUCGUAAAUAAUUAAAACACACAUUUUAAAUUACCUAUAUAUGUAUAAUUAAUUGAGAGCUCUUUUGGAGAUUAAUGUGUGAUACUUAAUUACCUCUUUCUUUAAUAUGCAUUUUUAUUUGUGGCA